UCCAGUUACUUUUUGCUAUUAUUUUCCCCAAGAAAUAUACAAUGGGCAUUCAUUUACCUGGUGUUCUUGCUAAGAAACUUUUUCACCAAGCUUCUGGUAAAUCAUCUUCUUUUGAUAUUCCGAAAGGCUUCGUAGCAAUUUAUGUUGGAGAAGCACAAAGGAAGAGAUUUCUGGUUCCCUUAUCAUACUUGAAUCAUCCUGCAUUUCAAGAUUUGCUUAGCAUAGCUGAAGAAGUGUUCGAUUUUGAUCAUACAAUGGGUGGUUUGACAAUUCCCUGCACAGAAGAUACUUUUGAUGCUGUCAUUUCUAAUUUGAGUGCAUCAUAAGAAAUCAUACUCAAAGUAACUACAAAAUAACAAUUUCGUAGGGCAGAAACUGAUUAAUUUAAUGUAAAUAUGAGUUGUAAAGGAUUAAAAAAUUUUGUGUGAUGAGAAAAACUAUUUGCUACAAAAUUUGGCUUUCUUUUGCAUAGCCGGUGCUCUAUAACUUUGAUUGUUCCUGUCUUUUAUCAUAAGUAAUUCUUGAUUGUGAAUUCCAAAUGUACAUUGUUUUUCUUUUAAGGCAC